AUGAUAAGAGCACUGAGCUUCCUCACUACUUAUCCCGAACACCGUAGAUUCUACAAAGGAGCUGAAAACUUUAGCGGUGAUGAUAUUAUGAAAAGCGAGAGGUCUCCGGUAGAAGUAAAAAGGAAUGUUGUCGCUUCGCUUCGCGUGGCGCCAGUAGGCGAUGGACACCAUGGAAGAGAUUUCUACAAAUUGCCAGUGAUAGAAUAUUUUUACAGAUUCGAUAAGCUUGGAGACGCCAUUCUGCUAUUUGUCCAUGUUUUGAGCAACAUUUAUGACAAUGAGCCUGUGUUUCGCUCUUUCACCCGCAGAGUUAUGCUCGAGCAUUUUGAAAGAAAUGUUGAUCCUGCCCUUUGGAAUAUUUUCUUUUCUAACUACUGGAAAGGAUUCCUCGAGAGCAAAGGCGCUGCCCUAAGCGCUGAUCAGAAGACAGCUUGGGAUAAUUUGGGCUCUAUGUUCAGCCAGGAAAGCCAAGCAUAUCUGGCGAAGAUGGGACGCCCUCACGCUUAA